CCCUACAAGGUGUCCGGGUGAGCCCGUCGUAGAGGUUGAGCUCGCCGCCGUCGCCGACAUGGGUCAAGGCCACAGCAAAGACAAGGUCGACAAGGCCACCGGCAUGACGGAACGGGAGAAGCAGCUAGUGCUCAGCUCGUGGCACGCAUACACCACCGCCCACAGCGACUACGGCGUUCACCUGUUCGACGCACUGUUCACGGCCCACCCAGACUACCUGACGCUAUUCAACAAGUUCAAGGGCAAGGACCUCGACGCGCUUCGCGAGGACACCAAGUUCAGGGAGCACGGCGUGACCAUUGGCAUGCAGCUGAACAAUAUAGUAGAAUCUGUGGAGCACCCGGACAACCUACUCAUGUUGGUGAGGAAUAACGCCGAGUUCCACACCAGGAUCACGGGCGUCACACCGAAGCACUUUGAGGAUUUCGGCCACGUAAUCGUCGAUGUCCUGAAAUCUAAGGAAGAGAAGCUGAUGACGCCACCCGCCGUAGAGGCUUGGGGCAAGCUCUUCACCUUGGUGAACGGGCACAUCGUCACUGCCUUCGAGGCUGGACCGAAGACCUCAGAUAGGCUGGCCUCCCGUUCGACCCUGGGAAAGCAGUCGGUCCGAGCGAAGCCCUCCGGCUCCGUAGCGCAAAGAGCUGGUGGGCACCUCGCCGCGCCUUCACGGAGCAAAGCCCAGCGAGAGCAAUCACCCAAGAGCCCCGUCUCACCCAGCAAGCCCCAUCUCAAGAAGGAACCGAGCACCAAAGUCCUCAAAAAGGAAGAGACUGCGAAAGCGCUCAAGAAGGCAGAGAGUUCGAAAAGCCCGUUGAACAAGAAAGAACAGUCGAAGAGUCCCUGAAAGCGGCCGUUGUCCGGAACGUCCCUUUCCGGAGUGAACGUGAGCCCCUGUACGCAUGCGCAUGUGAGCUACUGGACACGCAGAUGCAGUCACAGAUGGCGCGAAGGAAACACAGAAACUUGGAACAGAGGUGGAAAUACGGUGUUAUGGAGUCGCCCAAGAGGUCCCGUACAACAACGUAUCCCACAUGCUUCGCUUUUCAUAGUGACUGAUCGGUGUCGCUGUUCUCCUCAUUGACACAUUUGCUUUAAAGAAUGAAGCGGCGAGACGCUAUGGUGUGGAAUAGAAAGUCGCACACUAGGCGUGUCAGUCCUGCUCCAGUGAUUUCUUCUCACGCGCUAGCUUUGGUAAAUUGCGUAUUGGUUCUUGUGAAAAAUUUAUAUAUGUAUAUAGAGUUCGCUUAUGGAACACUUAUUGUCUUCCAGCGAAUGCCGAACAAGAACUCCUUGACAAGCGGAGCCAGUCUGUAGAAACUGAUAUUGACGUAAUCGCGCUGAUUGUUGAAGUACGUCGUGUGUAAGCGUAAUGACAAUACCGACGAAUCAGUAUA